AUGUUCUUAUGUUCCUUAAUAUUAAUAAGAACAUAUAGUGCACUGUCAUUAAAGGGAGUAAAUGAAGGUGAUCCUCCUAUUUUGAUAAAUUAUAAUAAAGAGGGUCAUGUUAACACUUUAAAAGGUAGUAAGGAUGAAUUAAUAAAGCUUAUAGUUCAAGAUGUAUCUUACGAUGUUGAUAAUUUUAUAAACGAUCAAUAUGGCAAAAACAACAACAACAAUAAUAAUAAUAAUAAUAAUAAUAAUAAUAAUAAUUAUAUGAUGUCUAAAAAGGUUAAGAUGAAUGAUUAUAUAAAAGGAGAUAUCAAACCUUAUAUCAAUCAAAAUAAUAAUUCUAAAAAUGAAAAAGAAUUAGAAUUUGAUCAUACUGUGGGAAUAAAACCUUUACAAAAUAGACCCUUAUUGAAAAUAAAUAAUAAGGAGAAGAAUGAUAAUAUUGAGAUGAAGGAUUGUAUAAAAAGGAAUUACAACAAAUUUAAGACAAAUGAUAAUAAUAAUUCAUAUCAUGAAGAUAUAUCAAAUAGUAGAAAGCAGAAUAAUAAUAACAACCAUAUGAAAGGAGAACAAACGGGGAAUAUGAACUUUAAAUUAAAUAAUUUAAAUAAUAAUAAUAAAAAAAAAAACCGUACUAAUGUAACAAAAGAAAACAAUAUUGAUAUUAAUAAUGAUGUGAUAAAGAUAAAUAAUAUUAAAAAGGAUAUUCCUAAUAUGGAAAAUAAUAAUUAUAAUAUAAAACGUAGUAAGGACAAAAAAUCUAUGAAACUAGAAAAAUCUUCGGUUAAUAAUUCUUCAAGGAGAAAUAUACAAAAGAAAAGGAAUUAUCACAAUAUAAUUAAUACGAAUGAUCAAAGUAAAGAGAAUGAAACAUCAAAUGAACAACUGCAGAUGGAAAAUAAAAAUAUAUAUACAAAAAAUCGCAACAAUAAUAAUAAUAAUGUUGAUGGUGAUGAUAAUACAACAAUAUCAAAUAAGGAAUCUAUUAAUAUAUCAUCAACCAAUGAAGAUAAAAAAAAAAGUAUGAAUAAUCAGAAUAAACAAGAGUCAAAAAAAGAAAUUCAUCAUAAAAAUAAAUGGACAGAAAUGUCAUAUGACGGAGAUGCAAUAGAAAUAAGAAUAAUAUCUGAUCCACCAUUUGUCAAAAAUGAUCAUAAGAAAACACAAAAGAAUAAAAAGAAUCAGAUAAAAGAGAAAAAUUUGUUAAGACUAAAGAAUGGAAAGAAGAACAAGUGGUUAAAGGGUGUUCCAAAAAAAAAGUCCAAACGUAGAGAAGUUGAAAGGGAGAAGGACCACCUAAAGGGAGGAAGGAAUAUCUCUAAACCUAAAAAUAGACGCAACAAAAAACAUACAAACAACAAAUUUACAAUAAAAACAAAUAACAAAAGUAAGAAGAAUAAAAUGAGCUAUAUCCAAAUGCAUAUGGAUAAAAAUAAAACAGAAGAAUAUCCAAUAGAAUUAAAUGAAGAAUCCUUAUUUAAUACAUUAAGUGAUGAUGAAUCUUUUGAUGAGGAUAUAUCUGAAGGAAGUGAUGAUAUAGAUAGUAAUAUGUCUAUAAAAAAAAUAAAUGAGGAUAAAAAUUUAGAAAAAUUUGUUGACGAGAGCGUGAAAGAUAUAGGGAGUAGAGAAAAUGAAAUGAUUAAGAAUAAAAAAAAUAUUAUAAAACAUUCUAGAAAAGUAUACAAUCUUAAUUUAUAUAAUUGUGAUUUAAUAGAUGAUUGGGAUUUAAAUCAUGAAUAUAUAGAUGAAGAAGGGAAACUAAUAAAAUUGAGUGGAUAUGUUUUUCAAAAUAUAGUAAGUACGGAUUCUAUGCCUACAGUGAAUAUAACUGAUUGGAAACUUAAAGGAUCAUGUAGUUAUGAUAAUUAUAUAUGUGGUGCAUUAAAUUAUAUGAAUAAUAUAUAUUCUAAAGGAGAUCGAGUUAUAUUUGAUGGUAAAAUAUAUGAAGCCACAACCGAGGUAUAUGAGACACCUAAGAGUAUGGAAAAUUUAUGGAUAGAAAAAACAAAUGAUUGUUAUGAUUUUUGA